CCCUCGCUUUAAAAUUUCCCAAUUUCCUAAUGUGCUCUCGCACUGGCUCUGUGCGUGUCCAUGGCAAAUUUCGAGGCGCCAUCGUUCUCUCUAGGGCUCGACCUGGACCUGGAUUCGGAGCCUCAAGUCCCUACUCGAGAACCCUUUUCGGGCGAACUAGCUCCGGGACCUUCGAGCAGUGCGACCCUGUACGAUCUCGAAGAUGAUGAAUGUUUUGAGCCCCUAGUCCUGGAUUCGGACCACGAUCUUGGGGAGAAUUCGGCUCCGGUUCUCAGGCGUUUGAGACGGGGGCUCAACAACGGACCGGCAUCGGUGCAUAAGCGAGAAUCGGUGGAGGUUUCUUGUAAUGUGGAUGAGGAAAUAGAAGAGUUUUCUUCGCAGGAGGGUCUGCGCGGAGAUGAUCGCUCGUCAACACAAUACCAUUCUGUGUGUGGUAGUUCAAAAUUUCCAUUGCAUGGACAUGGUGCUUUAAGAGUGAACCAUUCAAAAGCUAGUAAAAAGAAGCAGGCAUGGAAUGGCCCAGCUUCUGCAAGUUUGGAGAUGAGCAGCAACAAAUUGACAUUUCCAAAGUUAACUGUUAGCCCUAUUAGGAGGUUCCAGUUGCUUGAUUCUGAUUCUGAUGAUUCUUCUGUUAGUGGAGAUGUAUCCAGAGAUGCUAAUGGAAUUGACCAACCUUCAAAGGAGAGACUGUUUAACACUGAAGAAAGUGCAACAAGAAGUGAACAGAAGAUAAAGAAAGCUUCAGCUGAUUUGUGGGAAGAUUUUCAUCCAAUUAAAAGUUUUACCAUUCCAACGCCUGCUUUGGAUGAGGUUUGUGAAGAAUACUUCAGGCAUGUAAAGGAUAAAGAUGCAGCUCAUAAACAAGAGUCUGAUAUCUGCUUGCCAAAGGAUAAAAGCUGUCAGCAAAUAGGAAAUAUCAGUAAAAAUGUGGACUGCCAGUGGGGUUUGGGUAGUUCUCUUCCUCCUGCUCAUCGAUAUUUUUUCCAUGAAGACCUGAGAAUCCAGAAAUUAGUCCGCGGUCGCUUAUCAAACUUUUUCCCAUUGGGUGUCAUGAACAGCGAAGGAAAUCAGCAAUCUGAUGCCACUGUUAUUGAUUACAUGAGUCAAUUUAGUCAUGGUGAAAAUUCUAAACGGCAAGCGACUGGGAACGGAAAAACUAAUACAAGAUCAGUCAAAAGUAGAAAGAAAUCAGAAAAUUCAAGUGCUGCCAAAGCCUCAAAUGCUUCUGGAAGCUGGGUUAAUCCUAAAUGUGAUGCUAGCACUCCAAAGAAUGCUGGCAAAAGACGGGUUUGUGCUGAUGGUCAGUCGUCUGGUCAUUGGUAUACAGGCUCGGAUGGUAGGAAGGUUUAUGUCACUAAGAGUGGGCAGGAGUUGACCGGUCAAAUUGCCUAUAGGCAGUACAGGAAGGAGAGUGGAGCAGGAUUGAGAAGGUCAAAAAAGAAAGCUACUGCAAAGAGCAAGAAGAAGUGAAAGGAGUUUUAUACCAGAUCGUGUGCCAUUACAUUUUUCUGACAGUGCAUGUUGGUAUGUUGUAACUAGUUAGCUACUGUGUUGUUACUGCUGCUGUAGUCCUUGUGAUAUGCCAUGCUUAUUUUCAAUCUA